AUGUGGAUCUCUUUCAUGCUGGCAUCUGUACCUUUUUCCACUUUUUUGGCUUGCAGACUUGCUUGCAGACUUGCAGACAAGGGCUUUUCUCUGGCUUUCUUGCCAAGACUCACACCCUCGAACCUCUAUCUGACAUCUGACUCCGUCCAUAUGAAUGUUGAAGAAAAAGAAGCAGUCAAGAAUAGAAUUGGAAUUGGAGCUAACUGGGGACUGGAGAAGCUUGAAUGCAAAACUAAUCAGAAUCCGGUCUAG